AGAGUUUGUGGUCCAGACGUCUCACGCCAUUUUGGAUGAUCGGGAGAGGAGAAGGCUGAAAAGCAGCCAGCAAAUCGUAUAAUAUCCUCACCAUCGGAGGAUUUUGCUGAACAUGGAGAACUCUUACGGCAUAGGGGUUCGUAACCGUUACGAACUCUUUUACGAUGAAGAUAUUGACCCAAUGGAUCUUUUAAAACAGAGUGAAAAGAUAAAGGAUAAGGCUUCUGAGAAGGAAAACAAGGGAAAGACCGCCAAGGCGAAGGCUCCUGUAGUGAAGAAGGGUGUGAAGACGGAAACUGCUCCAAAGAUCGCUGACAAAACUAGUGUCUCUGCAACCCAACAAAGAGGACCCCGCACUAACGAUGGACGUGUUAAGUUUUCUGACCGUGAAGAGAGAAAUAACAGACGCAACCGACCUGAGGGUGAAUUCAGAGAUGGACCUCCUCCUAGGUUUGACGGUGAAGCACGGGGUGGCAUGGGACGAGGACGUGGACGUGGCAUGGGACGUGGACGUGGUAGAGGUCGUGGCGGUCUUCCCGGGGGUCCAGACAACAGAGGCAAACGUGAAUUUGAUCGGCAGAGUGGAAUGGCUACAACUGGAGUGAAAUCAGUGGACAAGCGAGAAGGCUCAGGAUCCUUUAACUGGGGCUCAGACAAGGACCAAAUUGAUGAGCAGUUGAAUGCUGCUCCCACAACUACAGUAGAACUAGACACAUCGGCAGAAAAUGUUGAAAAGCCUCCUGAGGAUGCAGGUGCUGUUGCUGAAAAUGAGGAGACUGUCAGGGAGGAAGAUAACGCCAAGGAGAUGACAUUAGAUGAAUGGAAGGCCAUGCAAGGUGCCCGCAACAAGCCUGCCUUCAAUAUACGCCGAGCUGGUGAGGGUGAGAAUCAGGCACAAUGGAAGAAGACUUAUGUUCUUAAGAAGAAGAUUGCUGAGGAAUCUGAUGAAGAGGAAGAGGAGGAAGAAGAGGAAGUACACCAUGGUCGCAGGAAAGUUCUUCUGGACAUUGAUAUCCAAUUUGCUGAUUCACCCGGGCGUGGACGUGGAAGAGGUCGUGGCCGUGGAGGUCCUGGACGUGGACGGGGUGGUGACCGCAUGGACCGUGGAGGGCGGGGUGGCGGUGGUGGUGGCGGCAGGGGCGGUGGUGGUGGUGACGGCAGCGGCAGUGGUGGUGGUGGCGGCGGCGGCGGUGGUGGCAGCAGCAGCAGCGGUGGUGGUGGAGGAGGAGGAAUGGAUCGUGGGCGUGGUGAACGUGGAGAGCGUGGAGGGCGGGGUGGUCCUGGCUCACGUGGGGGAAGAGGAGUAAGCCGCCAAGAGGCACCCAAAAUGGAUGAUGAACGUGACUUCCCAAGCUUGGGCUAGGGUAGAAAGCGUUACACCUACUGGUGCUGCUUCUGAAGUCAACAAACCUGCUUCCAAUCAGGUUUGCUCUUGCUAGUCUAGUAGCACCAGUAAAUUAUGGGACCCUUGCCACAGCAGAGUUCGAAAGGUUAGGGAUCCCUAUGCGUAAGAGUUCUCCGUUGUUCCAAUCUCAUCAAGCAUCAUUCUCUUAAACAUGGCAAGUUUUCUUUCUCCAACAAGGACGCUGUUGGGGAAAGGCAGAGCAUUAUGACUAGAUCUCUUCAUGGACUUUUUAUUCACGUUUGGUACAAGAAUUGACCAGUUCAAUUUUUUGUCUCGAAAGCUGUUGAAGCUUCUCAUUAUUGUUAUUCCUGUUGUGGAUAUUCCGAAUGGAUAUUCUGAAGAGUGUAGUGCUCAAAAGAUUAUUUCCAUUAUAAAGUAUUUCGUGUCAAUUCUCCCAAAAGCUUUUGUUGUACAUAUUGAUCAAUUAACUUUCAAGGUGGUUGAUGGGGUAGUGAUGGUUAUAUAAUGUGUACAUAUGUCUGAAGCCCAUACUGUCUUUGGUUUUGUGUGUUGUAUUAUGGCCGUCACUACCCUAGCGGAGGCUUGCCACGCUUUUUGUACUUGAUACUGAUUAACACAUAGACCAAUAAAAACAGAAAUUAUCAA